AAAUUUGAGGGAUGGCUACAGAAUCGUUUCCAUCUUGAGCGGCUGUACGUGAGUGGCAGCGAGAGACGUACUGAAGGCAGGUUCCUCUUGCCCGUACUAAAGAUGGCUCCGGCGGCAGACAGAACGACGUCACGUGGGGUCAGAGGCGGGAAGGGUGCUGGCGGCCAGGACCUGUCUCAUCGUUCUCUUCACUCUGCGAAAGCGACGAUGGAGAAGUUUGCAAGCCCGGGCAAAGGCAACGGCUUGCGUCUCUCGAAGGCAGUGAAGCCAGGCGAGUUGCUGUACCGCGCGGAGCCUUUCGUUUACACCGUCACCAAGAAGCGCCUGGGAGGCGUGUGCGAGCGCUGCCUGCGCAGCAAGAAGCGACUUCUUAGGUGUUCGCAGUGCAAAGUUGCAAGAUACUGUGAUGUACAUUGUCAGAAAGAAGCCUGGCAAGACCACAGACGGGAAUGCAAGUGUAUUAAGAGUAUUGAGCCUAACUUCCCUCCAGAUUCCGUGAGACUUGUUGGCAGGAUUGUUUUCAAACUAUUAAGACAAUCAACAUGCCCAUCUGAGGAGCUCUACUCUCUUUUUGAGCUGCAGUCCAAUGUUGAAGAGUUAAGUGAAGAAAUGAAAGAAGGCCUGGGACACCUUGCAAGGACACUGCAGCUAUAUUUGAAGGUAGAGAUCCAAGAUUCUUCUCAGCUGCCACCUGCUCUAGAUAUUUUUCAGACCUUCGCAAAAGUGACCUGCAACUGUUUCAGUAUUAGUAAUGGAGAGAUGCAGAAUGUUGGUGUUGGCCUUUAUCCCAGCAUGUCUUUGCUGAACAACAGUUGUGACCCCAACUGUGUGAUAAUCUUUGAGGGUCCGCAGCUCCACCUUCGCUCCAUCCGGGAAAUUCAGAUGGGUGAAGAGCUCACUAUCAGCUAUAUUGAAACCAUGAUGCCAACUCCUGACCGUCAGCAACACCUGAAGCGCCAAUAUUGUUUUGAAUGUGACUGCCUUAUGUGCUGUACACAAAGCAAGCAGGAUGCUGACAUGUUGGCAGGUGAUGAGCAAGCCUGGAAAGAAGCCAAAGAAGCUGUAAAUAAAACAGGAGCUCCAAAGUCACAAGAGGACUGGAAGCAGGUUCUGGCGAUAUGCCAGACAUUACUAAAGAACAAUGCCACUCGCCUCCCAGACACUAACAUCUACCAGCUGAAAGUACUUGACCUUGCCAUGGAUGCCUGCAUAAACCUUGGCCUUUUGGAGGAAGCGUUGCUUUAUGGUAACAGAACUUUGGAGCCCUACAGGGUUUAUUAUUCUGGCUUCCAUCCUCUGAGGGCUGUCCAGAUGAUGAGAGUGGCCAAAUUGCAGUACAGUCAAGACCUGUUUCCUCAGGCUCUGGAAACCUUGAAGCAGGCUUAUGCUAUUAUGAAAGUGACCCAUGGGACAGAACACAGCCUAGUGCAAGACUUGAUGUUGCUUAAAGAAGACUGUGAGGCCAGCAUGGCGUGAGAAUGAAGAAGAUCUGCAAACACGCUAGCCAAUAUUCUGCAGAGGUGAAUGGAGAGAAGACAUGGAAGAAAUAAUAUGCCUUCUACACAGUCCUUGUGGCAACAAAGAUCUCAUUGAUCAGAGUACAGCUAGGGAAAUAUUAUAGUUCUUUUGCUGUAUAACCUGUACACUAUUACUUCUGCUAAUUCUCCAAGUGAUCUUUUCCACCAGUUAGCUGAUAAUUCCAACAGAAGCGUGCUGUCCACAAAGCCACAUGUUGACAAAGAAAUGGAUAAUUCUUGGUAAAGAUACAACUUCCUAUUAAAAACAUAGAAAAAGCUAAUUUGUGGAAAUAAUUUUCUUCAUUGAUCAUGGUCUUUAAUGUACCCUCUUUUUGCCUUGGUAAAUAUUGUUAGAUGGACAAAACCUGAAAAUCAUAGAUCCAAAUACCUUUGAACACUGAAUUCAGCUUUCUUUGCUUUUUUCUCUUCUAUGUUGCAUUACUUUUCUCUCACAUUUUUGUUUUGUCUUUUAAAGACAUGGACUGAUUAUUUGUAUAAUUUUGCUUCACAUCCUUCCCAGUUUUAUGCCUAGAAAAUAUCAAUAAUUACCCCUAAUGUUCUGGCUAUGUUGAAUGUAAGAAAGAUGAGGCAGCACUUAUAGUAAGGAAGGCAAGCUUAUACACACUAACUACUGUGAUAUAGUCAAUGAGGUGAGUAAAUCCCAUUGAACAGAAUGAGAGUUAAUGUGCACAGGAUCAAACUGUUCACUACUUUGUCAUUCAAACACUCUGUUUAGCCUUGUACUUUUGUCCAACAAUACACUACUUGGGGAAAAGUGGUUCCCAGUUUUUAUCAUCUAAAAAAUUAACCACAUACAUUUGUAACUUCCUCUGCAACUAGGGAUGAAAGGAUCAGUCAGUUUGUUCUCUUAAUUUCUCAUUUUUCCAGUCUUAAAAUCCAGUUCUCCAGAUUUCUGCAGCAAUUUGUGAAUUUAUUUUUUUUAAAAAUCCU